GUUUUACAAAGCAAGCGACGCCUGCAGACAACAAGCGCCAUCUGUUUCCCUCGUCCCUGCGUAAAUCAAAACGUCAAACGAUAGUGAAAUAUGGUGACGAAGCGAAUUCGGUCCGAAUACAUGAAGAAAUUUAAAGAUCCGAAAUGGGACACUUACGCAAAAUGUUAUGAGGAUUUGCUGAAGUACAGACUGUCGAGACGGCUGUUGGAGCAAGCGCACAACCCCUGGUUUUGGGGAGAAUGGGGGAGCGAGACAGGCUCCAGUGGUAAAUCUACUUCUCUAAAUCAGAAUAAAGUUGAACCUGAGAGGACCCAUGAUAAGAAAGCAGAACGAUCUGCAUGUGUGACUCCUGAACCAGCAGCUGAACCAGAACCACAGGCAGAAGCACUGAACAGAGGCACUGCAGACACCAAGCUAGUUACCAGAGUUGCUGAGCAGAGUCAUCAAGAGGGGGAGGAAGAGAGAGCCAGAGAAAGCUCUCCUGCUCUCAACCCAGAAACUGACACGCAUAUCCUCAACACACCAAAGAGCAAACGCCGCUCCUCACACAAGUAUACAAGAUCGAAGGUCAAGCCUCAUGCAAACAAAGACCCUGAAAAAGAAAAUCGUCACCCUUUUGCCCUGUAUGGUGCAGGAGAGAGGCAGACGGAUAUUGCUUCCAAGAAAACCCAUAAUGUUGGUGCUACAGCAUCAACUGCAGAGAUCCAUGAGUCAGCGUUGCGAGUAAAAACCAGACGGGAGGUGGAAAAACAGAUGAAGAGAUUUGGCAAACAAAGAGCCAGAUCUGCUGACUUUGAAAAUAACAGAAAUAAGGUUGUCCCCGAUUUCAACCCCUGGAUGACGGAGUACAUGCGCUGCUUUUCAGCUCGUUCUCGGUAGCAUUGCUUUCUGAAAUCCUUUGAAAAUGUCAGUAUCUAUCUAACCCUCUCGGGCUAAUCGACUAAAAACACUUCACUUGAUGACUGGCGCAUCUGUCCAGCUCACUUCCCGUCUUCCAGAAUGGGCCACAAUGAAUUAUAACUCAAGUUUUAUUUUAGGGGUUUAUUUACACCAUGGAUAUGUUGCAUUUACUGGUACAUAUCAAACAUGAAAACAUCAUCCAUUGAUGCUACAGGGCAAAUUGUUAAACAAUCACAUGCCUUGUUGCAUGAUUUUUGCAGGGCUGCGUAGAUUUACUGGCCAUGAGAUCUACCAGUGUCUCUUUGCACUCUUAGCCAAUUAAUAAGUGUUCAUUAAUUGUCAGACAAUUAUAGACACAUAAUGUGAUGUAUUGUAAUGUUGUGUAUUACCUUCAUUGUGUUAAUAGGUUUAAUGUAAAGAAAUCUGUUUUGUACUUUACAGAAAUCAUUGGCGCCAACAUGAAUCUUUGUAAUCUGUUAUAGUCUCACAUUGGCAAUCGAUCCGUUAUAUUAAUAUCUGCUUACUUUGAUAUGAGAUGUAUUAUAUUUUACUUGUAUAUUCACACUGAAGGUGCAUUCCAUGUGGUCUUGCAUCAGAACAGUAAUAUUACAUAAUGUAAAAAGUCACUGGUAUCUGAAGCAUGAAACAUACACAGCAAAAUGACAAAUCAAGUUUGAAUGAGACCAUACACCGCAAAAGCAAUUCCAGCUGUUCAUCAAGUAUAACUUUCAGUGUGAUGUUAUUUGGUUUUUAGUAGCACUCAGGUAUUUCUUGUAUUUUAUAUAAUUUAUUAUUGAGAAAUGAUGAUAUUGGGAUAUUUGUACACUGUUUAUACAAGGGUAUUGAACUAAAUUUGACUAUUUUUAGUUCAUCUCUGAAGAAAUGUGUUGUGUGAACAAAUGUACAGGUAUUUUGUUCCCAUAUCACAUCUUCAUAGUGAAUUAUGUCAUGUACUAUGUGAUAGUGUUGAUUUUAGGGUAAAAAUAAUGAAGCCAUAAUGUUUAUGAGUUACAUUAAUAUGAUUAAUAUCCAUUCCACUGUCUGCUAUGGAAGCAGUUUAGAAGGAUAUUCAAAUUUAAGAGUUUAGAUUACUGCGUGUGAAACUGAGAUGUGUUUAAAUGUGAUGAGUUUUUUUAAACACUUUCUUUACAAGGACAGUCUGGUGGUAAAUGUGACCCUGGACCACAA